CAAAAGAGUACUUCAUUGUGAGGAAAAUGAGUCAUUCCCCAAAGACAUCAGUUGCUGGUGUCCCAAAAUCAGAUAGUCCACGCUUGGGAAAAGGUCACAAAGUACAUUUGUCAAAUACUGUAAAGACAAAGGGAAAACAACAAAAUAAUAAAGAUAUUUCAGCUCACACGAUACAGAGAGUGUGGUUAUCUCAUCUCGACAAAUCAAUGUUUCAACUCCUUAAGCGUACAAUUUGUGCAGCGGAACAUCAUGUGACACAUGAAAUUUUGAAGAAAGUGAGCCCUUUAGAGGCUGAGCUUGUUAAAGAUCCUUGCAUGAAGUGUAAAGUUAGAUUCAGAUUUAGUGGCGAAACAUUUCCACCUUUCAUCGUGUUUAAAAUUUUUCUUCAUACUGAAGGCCUUGGUUACAAGUAUUUCAGUGGAAAAAAUUUAUUAAAGCCAUCAAGUGAGGCUGUGGUUGAUGCUUGCAAAAUAAUGGGGAAAAAGAAAUUUUAUCAUCAAAUUAUGGAAGAUGAACGUCUUUUCCAGAAGUUCAAAAUAACUGAUGAAAUAGAUAUUGUCACCCUGAAAGAUUACAUGCAAUAUUCCAGUCUUCUGGAUGAGAGCCCUGCAUCUUCUGGUGGCAGAAAUAACUAUUGGCGAAGAUUAAAUCUCGAAAACAUUCCCAGGACAAUGAUAAUGUAUGACAUAGUUGAUUAUGCAGAGUCUGGAAUAAUCUCAAACCGUCUAAAAAAAGAAAUGAAGUAUCUAGUACAAAGACCAAAAACAGAAGAGAUGCGUCAGCACCAGCUACGGAUUGUUUCUCAAGUUAGGUGCCCUUCAUCCUUAUCAAGUCUUCAACCUUUAUAUCGGCCCUACCAACAGCAAAGUCAAAUUAAACAUCUGGGUCGUCGAUCCCAGCAAGCUCAAAUGAAAGUUGAAAAAAUGAAAAAAGCUUAUAAGAUGGCUAAAGAAAAAAUUACUUCUGCAGGGACUGAACCAAAAAUGGACAUACCAGGUACAAAGCAAAAAGAGACGAUGGUCUUCUCCACCCCAUUCUUUGACAUUGUAAAAGUUAAUGAACUCAUGUCAGAUGACGAAUUGGAAAAAGAGGAAAAGGAAUUAUUUGCCUGGUGUCAAGACUUGUAUAUUAAUAAUUCUCCAUCAUGUUAA